AUGGAUCCCACGAAUCCAAUUGUUCUGGACCAAGGUACGGGUUUCGUUAAAAUUGGACGUGCUGGGGAGAACUUUCCGGACUACACGUUCCCAUCUAUUGUAGGUAGACCUAUUUUGAGGGCCGAAGAGCGUGCAAAUGUGAGCACACCAUUGAAAGACAUUAUGAUUGGUGAUGAAGCCAGUGCUGUCCGUUCCUACUUGCAAAUAUCAUAUCCAAUGGAAAACGGAGUAAUAAAAAACUGGGCUGACAUGGAGUUACUAUGGGACUAUGCAUUUUACGAUCAAAUGAAGCUUCCUUCUCUGUCGGGAGGCAAAAUCAUGCUAACAGAGCCUCCAAUGAACCCAGUCAAAAAUAGGGAACAAAUGUGCGAGGUGAUGUUUGAAAAAUACGAUUUCGGAGGAGUUUAUGUGGCGAUCCAGGCCGUCCUUGCGCUAUAUGCACAAGGCCUGUCAUCGGGAGUGGUUGUGGACUCUGGUGAUGGUGUUACGCACAUUGUCCCAGUCUACGAGUCUGUGGUCUUGAACCACUUGACCAGAAGACUGGACGUGGCCGGAAGAGAUGUGACAAGGCAUUUGAUCGAUCUUCUUUCCCGGAGAGGUUACGCCUUUAACAGAAGUGCAGACUUCGAGACAGUUCGCCAAAUAAAAGAAAAACUGAGCUAUGUCUCCUAUGAUUUGGAUCUAGAUACCAAGCUAGCCAGAGAAACAACAACCUUGGUUGAAAAUUAUGAACUACCGGAUGGCAGAGUUAUCAAGGUUGGUUCUGAAAGAUUCGAGGCUCCUGAGUGCUUAUUCCAGCCCAGUUUAGUAGACGUUGAACAGCCUGGUGUUGGAGAGAUGUUGUUCAAUACAAUACAAUCUGCAGACGUCGACGUCAGAAGCGCUCUUUACAGAGCAAUUGUCCUUUCAGGCGGUUCGAGCAUGUACCCAGGGCUGCCAUCGAGAUUAGAAAAAGAACUCAAGCAAUUAUGGUUCACCAGGGUUCUUCGCAACGAUCCAUCCCGAUUAGAGAAGUUCAAAGUGAGGAUAGAAGAUCCUCCCAGAAGAAAGCACAUGGUUUUUAUAGGUGGUGCUGUACUUGCGAACAUUAUGGCUGACAAGGAUCAUAUGUGGCUAACAAAACAAGAGUGGCAAGAGAUGGGUCCUGCUUCAAUGUCAAAAUUCGGUCCCAGGUAG